CACGUGGUUGAAGGCGGAAGCAGAUUGUAAAUAGAACUUGACCUCAAAAGCACGAAAUACAUGCUGGUAAAAUGUGUACUGUGGUAGUGUUAUUGUAAGUUACUUAAUGUAUGAGAAGUAAGUGUUCUCGUUGUUCUAAUGGAUCCCAAUCUGUUGUAUUGGAAAAGCCAGGGACAGUCUCUCCUCAGUCGACUACAGAUCUGGGUUAAUCUCCUUGAUCCAACUUCCCUGCUUUCCUCUGAUGCUGAAAUACAAAACGCCCACAGUCUUCUUGGAAGUGGACAGAAACCAAAUGAAAAGGAUGGACACGCACUGACCCUCUCACUUUCGUCUGUCCACGCCGACUCCGGCGCUGUUCUUCCACUAGUUUUCCGCCCUGCAGCACUGUUUCCGAUAUCAGCACCUCUGGUGGUUGCCAGCUUUUUGCCACACAGCAGCGUCAAACCCGCUCUGUUUUGGCAGUUUUUGCUGCAGAGUUACAGUGCUGGGUUCAACUAUGCAAACAGAAAUUCUUCUUCAGAGCAGAGGAAGACGGCGUCUUUGAAACAGCUUCUGUUGAUCGCUGGAACAGUUUCCUAUGCAACAUGUGCAGGGGCCCUUCCUCAAAUUUUCAUUAACCGACUUGGCGUAAGAAGCGCACCGAUCCAGACUUUCUUUAGGUCGAUACUACCAAUCCCAUUCUCAGCUGCUCUGGCCUUCUUCAAUGUGUAUACCGUCAGAAGUGAGGAGUCAGAAACUGGGAUCCAACUCUUUGAUUCCAAUGGAAACCCUGUCGGCCUCUCUAAAGCAGCGGGAGACAAGGCUGUGAGGGAAACUGCUUUGUCGAGAGCGGUUCUGUUUGGUACAACCGCUGCCGUUCCUAAUCUCCUGGUUUUGCUCUUAAAGAGAACAAGACUUUUCCAGAGGAACUCUCUGCUGGCCGCUCCAGUCCGUCACAUAGGUGUCACCUUUGUUCUGGGCUUGAUGAUCCCCGUCUCGUUCAGUCUCUUCCCACAGCUGGGAACGAUAAGGAAGGAAAUUGUGGAGGAGCAGCUGCAGGCGGCCGCGGACGGUGGACACUUCUACUACCAUAGAGGACUCUGAGGAGCAGUUUCACGUUUCUAUCACUGGAUGUUAUGAUGAUAAAAGGUCUUCUUUAAAGUCGUGUUGUUGAAGAUGUACCAUACAUGGAACACAAUGCAGCCUUUUCUCCCAGUUUUCACACAAAAUAUUAAAAACAGGAAGGAAGAUACUUUUUGAUAGUCAAUUUAAUUAGCUGGAAUAUUACAUGUUUCCAUAGAUACAAAAUAUUACAUCAAUUCAUGAAAAUACAUUUAGUUUUCAAAGUUACAUAUUACAUUACAUCGGCUAUGUAUUGCACUCGGUCUUAUCUGAAAUACUGAGGCUCAAAACCAUCCGUUUGGCAAUGUGGUUGAAAAUGUACUCUGCUGCAAAACAGCGCUAAUUACACAUCAAUUAAUAAACAGUACGACAAUAAAAAUCUAAA